GGAUUUGGUAGACAUAUUGAAAGUUGAAACUGUUGCACACAUUAAAAUUGAAUAAAUCGUUGCGUACAAUACAAAAUUGUAUGCAAUGUUAAUUUGAAAUAUCCUGUAUAAUUAUUUUAAAAGUUGGCGUGAAAUAGGUACAGAUGGAAGGACGUUAGAAAAAGAAAGAUUAGCAUCACAUAAUAAGUUAAUAAACAGAACAAUAAUGUCUUCCUCUCCAAUGCGUGCUAGUAUUGAAAAGGUCACAGAAGAGUUAAAAACCAAUCCUUACUAUGAGAAAUAUGCCAAGAAAAUUGCAGGUUUGCAAGAAACAUCACCUGAAGAGUUUUUACAACGAAUAGAAGAGAGGGAAAAGGAGAAAAUCUCCAAAAUAGAAUCUAAAUCGAGUAGCAGUCAUUAUUCGUCGCUGUUAGAACCCAAAAAGCAAUUAACUGAGAAAAUGAAAUCUGAAGAUGAAUCGCUUGACAAAAUUAUGAAAAUCGACCUAAUUGAGAAUAAGGAUGCAAAUGAAAUUGCAGAAAUAUGGAAUCAUUAUCACAAAACCAAAGAUGCUAUUUCUGCUAUAAUUCCCAAAGAAGCGUAUGAGGAAAUGAAGAUAAAUGCCAAGAAGUAUCCCACUUUCCUGUUUCCAAUUCCGCGAUCGCAAGGCUAUGAAUUUAUAAUGUGCCAGUUUUUCUAUAAUACUGUUCAUUUCACACCCUUAUUAAAUUAUCAGGUUCACAAAGAGAAUGCUCCCGAGUGUUUGAAAAUAACUCAUUAUCCAGAGUUUAAAGAUACAAAAGGAAUUGUAUUAAUGAAGGGAGAAUUUCAAAAUAAUGUGAUAAAUUCACAAGAAGCACAGUGUUUGGCAAAUCAAUUGCAAAUGUAUUAUAGUCAAAAAGAUGCAAACAAAUUGAAACUUUUGGAACAAUUCACGAGCAAACCUGACCAAUUUAAACACAUGGAUCUUAUAAAGCAAAUAGAAACUCUUAAUAUUAUGAAAUAGUCAGUUUAUCUAGACUUUGUAAAUAUAUAAAAAAUUGGCAUUUG